AUGACUCUCGACCUUCCAAUCUAUCCAAAUCAUCCUCAGAAGAUGGACAUAUUCUCCUAUUUGUGGGAGAGUCGCUACAGCCGACUGGUUAAUAAAUUUUCCCAACUCAUUACUGCUCAGAUCUUCUCCUCCAUGGAGUUAAGAGUUACUCGAGAGGUGUUGGGCGCAAAACAACUCAUCAUUCAAGAUAUACCACUUCAACAAAUCCUACCUGCAACCAAUGCCAUCUGGACAAUUGAAGCUCAGACUACCAAUUCAAAAGGGACGAUCAGCAAUGAAGCCCUUCAAGUGUGGGUCAACACUCUGGAUCCGUCUUUAAAUCUGGAACCAUGGACUAAAGAAGAGGACCCUAAACUGAAAGCAGCAAUUGCUGAACAUGGACAUUGCUGGUCCAAGAUAGCAGCAUUGGUGCCUUCGCGUACUGAUAAUCAGUGCAGGAGGUAUGGGCUUCUCUGUUUUUACCUUCUUUGA